GUGGAACCAAGCUGAACAAGAAAGUCUACCAUGUUGUUCUUGAACAAGAUGGGACAGUAGUAGAUGAAGAUGAAGUAUUGAUGGCUGUGAAGUCAGAGACACUGAUGCUACUUACCAAUGAAGAGAAAUGGGAGCCAGUAUCGGCAUGUAAGCAGAACAUAGGACGCCGUAUGGAACCAUGUAGUAGUAGUAGUAGCGGUAGUGAGACUUUAGACACUGAAGAAGAUAUAUCACCAACAAUUGAAGACUCUAGUCGAGCUUUUUGUUCCUAUUCAAAUGAGAUUGAACUACCUCAAUUUAGUAGUUUUGUAAAAGAAAAAUUGGCUUCUGGACAAGCAAAAUCUGUGUGGAGCAAGCUAAUUGACGAAAGUGCUCAUUUCUUUAUGACAAAAUACCCCAAUCUU